AUCCAGCACACAACACGCGCCUCUUCCUGAGGGAAUUCAUAUUCAAGCAAUGUUGAGGAAUGCGAGAAUGCUGAGAAAUUCCUAGGCAGACAAGUGAGCUGGGACAGAGAAUGUGCCACACGGCAAGUAUGCGUAGAUAUGUUGGUCUCAUAGGUAUCCUGGUGUGGCUCUCGGCUGUUUCGUCCGCGAGCAUCAGUAGAGUCACAGCCGGCUCGGUCCACGGGCGGCAGCUCUUGCAGUCAUCAGCAGUUUACAGUGUUUCAGAUGCAGCCGACCUGGUGGCCAAGCUUCAGGUGGCGCAGAGUGCUGGGGUUCAGCAGGCGGUCUUUUCGCUGCCGCCUGGGGUCCUGUCCAUGGACGCGACGCUCAGCUUCAAUAUCUCUGUUACAUUACAAGGCGCGCCAGUGUCAGGAGUUCCGCCAGCGACCACCAUCCGGUGCUCCCCGGGCGCGUUCUCCGGACAAUCCCUCUUGGAGUUUAGCGGGCAGCAACUCGUCAUUACGGACGUUCAGUUAUCAGAUUGCCCCGUGAAUGGCAUACAUUUGCUGUCGCAAGGGGCGGACGUCACAAUCGAGCGGAGCAUGCUCACCAACUUCAACUUGUCGACAGCGCCCGUGUUUUCGUUUAAAGCCAGCACGGCUGGGCCUUCACCCCUAGACCUGAGCCGAGCUAUCGCAGCUGCACUACAUUCCAGCAGUUUUACGGGGAAUUUGACAAUUCGGAAUACGGUGUUCACGGGCAACGGGUUCUACUCUCCGCCCCCACCACCACCCCCGCCUCCUCGGCCGCCGAACCCGUCGCCGUCGCCGCCUGGCCCGCCCUCGCCCUCGCCCAGCCCGCCAUGGCCAUUGCCACCAUCCCCCGAGCCACCUCUUGCAGCUGCCGGUCGGCGCCUUUCGGAGGAGGAGCCCAGCGACGGCGCCUGGAGCGAGCAAUCUGCUCUUGAAGAGAGCGAGGAUAUGGGCGGCGGUGACCUGACUGAGGUGUUGGCGGCAUCGCUGGUGCUCCGGCAGCGCCGGCUGCAGCGCCGGCUGGCGGCCGCGGGCAUCCGCAUGGGCAGCGCCCUGCAGGAUGACCUGAGCAUGUUGGCGGGCACGGCGGAGGGCUCCAUGUAUGGGCUGUUGAACCGCCGCCAGCUGCAGGCAAACACGCGGUACACUAUGCCGCUGCUGGAGGAGGCAAAGAAUCUGCACCGCUCGUACGAGGCGGGCCCCUGGAAAGAUGACUUCAUGGCCGCCAUUGCGGUGGUGUGCGCACGGGGCAUGGGCGCCUCUACGUGCAACCUGCGCUUUGAGGGCGUUACCAUCUCGAACAACACGGGUAUGGCUACUAGCGGCCUGGCUGUCCUAUGUGAUGGCGCCGAUAGCUGCAACGUGGUCCUGACCAACUGCACGGUGACGGGCAACAAGCUGCUGUGGAGUCCGGCCGUUGACCCGAAGACUGUAAAUCCCAACGGAGCCACAUCUAUUCGCAACUCGAUCGUCGAGGCCGACUACGAAGGAUACCAGGACGCGGCUGGAACCACCCUGUUCAGGAGGAUGUCGCCUUGGCUCACGUAUACGUACCCGUUGGUGGACGUCUAUGCGACGGAUCCAAGCGAUGCGGUCCUGAACUCAAUCUUCAUCGACGGCAGCAAGUUCCCAAAGACAACUGGCCGCACGCUUGGAGCGGUGGUGCUGAUGCAGCGCAACUCGCCGUCGCCGGGCGUGAGCCCGUCGGCAGCUGCCAUGAUGCGUGUCAACAUCACCGGGGGCCUGUACACGGCCAAUGACGGGUCUGCCAUCAUGAGCACAGCUGCAGACUUUAUGGACAUGGCAGGCGGGAGCGGCACGUGGGGCGGCGGCGCGCCGCGGCACAGCGUUGACGUGACCAUGUCCGGCGUCACCUUCAGCGACCACACCAGCGGCUGGCCAUCGGUGUGGAUGCGCUGGCCGCGCAAGGUCACCGUCACCAACUGCACGGUUACGCGGAGCACUGGCGCUAUGUGGUUUGACGAGGUCCGCGACUCAGCAAUCAUCAAGUCAAGCACCUUCCAAUCUAACACGCCGAACCAGCUGUGGCUUGACUACUGGAACUUUGCCCAGCUGUCGCUUCCCGGGGAGGGGUACGUCUUUGGGAUGCACACCGGUGCGGGCCAGUGGCAGGUAGUGAAGGUGCAGAUGACAGCUCUGGGCAACGUGCCAAAUACCGCUCUGGUGUCGGACUGCACGUUUGACGGAAAUCCUUCAUACCUGUCCGGCGUCCUUCACAUGCGGGCUUUUGAGAGCUUGGUGAUUGACAAAGAUGACCAACCGUCCCAAGCGGCUGUCACCAUCGCCAACACUGCCUUUAGCAACACCAGAUGCAGGAAAGCGCCAUCCGCGUGCACGACUUUUGAGCGGCCUCUGUACAUCUACCAGGUCUACAAUGCCGCUCUAAGCAACUGCAAGUUUACCACCAAUGGCAAUGGCGGAGUGUAUUUCAGCAACUCGUACGGAGCCUCCAUCACAGCAUCUACGUUUGACCGGAAUGUGCUGACCUUCGCCACCACCGAAGAUAUAAACACGGACAACGUGUUCGGCGGCGCUGCUGUCGCGGUCAAGUACGUGGGCAAGGGCGGCGUUAACGUCACCGGUUCCUUUUUCACGAACAAUGUGGCGACCCUGGGCGGCGGCGCGAUCUUCAGCCGCCAGUUUGCAUACCUGCAGAUCAGGGGCAGCACCUUCGACAACAACACGGCCCGGCAGUUCGAGGGCGGUGCUAUCUGGAUGACUUCGUCAGACACCGUUGACAGCGAUCUUGGCAACUUGUACACCAUCACCAACAGCAAUUUUACACGCAACAGCGCCGGCCGCAACGGUGGCGCUAUCAAUGCGUUCACGGUGGCGCCAGGCCGCGCCUGGUCUGUGUCAAACAGCCGAUUCACUGACAACGUGGCCAUGUUAAACCCGCUGGACCGCGGCGAGGCCGUGCUGGACCGCUGCGGUGGCGGCGCCAUCUUCAGCAAUGUGGGCGAGAUGCUGGUGUCCAACUCCUACUUCGCGCGGAACAAGGUGCUGGGGCAUGCUGGCGGCGCUAUCCGCGUCACUGAUAGCCCGCGCAUCCUUAUCAUCAGUACGUAUUUCGAGGACAACGUGGCCAUCAUGGGGGGAGCCCUGGCCUUCACACGACUUUCAUUGAACAACGUCCUCACCAACUGCACCUUCAAAAACAACACUGUUGUGGACCCAUGGGCCUGGCCGGAGACCUCGCCCAUCACCGCGCUCGCGGUGCGCACGUACCCGUCCAUCUCAGUGAUCAGCGCCGGCUUUGGCGGCGCCAUCGCCUCGCAGGCGGCGGUGGUAUCGCUUGUGUCGGUCAGCAGCUUCAUUGGCUGCAGCGGAAAGUUUGGCGGCGCUGUUGCAAUCUCGCGAUCCGGAGGCUUCACCAUCAUGUCGGACACCACAUCGGAUUACGGGGUUUCCCUACUCCCCGUGGCUGACUACCUAGCCCAAGCCGCAAACGCUAACGGUUCCGUACUGCCUUACAAGCACCUUUUCGCAAACAACUCUGCCCUCAUCGGCGGCGCUCUGUACCUGGCCACAACUGACGAGGUUACAUUCUCCACAAGCAUGCUGCAAACCGUAACACUUCCUGGGCUGCUCAACGCCACCCUGAUUACCAUGGGAUACCAGUUUGUUGGGUCUAUCCCCAGCCGGAGGGUGUCCAUCUACUACCCUCCCCUGUCAGUCCGGUACCAGUUUUCGCCUGGCAUCCUGAUGUACGGCAACACGGCGAGCGGUGGAGGCGCGCUCUACCUAGAGGGCAACGGCAAGGUGGAUAUCAAGAACGUCCGCUUUGCCGGGAACUCUGCACUGCCCCAGCCUCUGGCUGCCAACUACUCGGGACUGAACGGACUGGAGGCGUACAACGGCACCGCCGUGGGCCAGGACUGCUUCGGAGGCGGCGGUGGCGCGGUGUGCGUGGUGGGGCUGGUCGCCAAGGAGGUCAAGAUCUACAACUCGGACGUGCUGUACAACACGGCAAUGGAUGGUGGCGGCAUGUUCGUCAGUGAGGGGCAGAACUGCGCCGUGCAGUCGGGCUGCUACAAGGUGACGCUGGACGCCAUUGACAUGCGCGGCAACGUGGCGCGGGGCCGCGGCGGUGCGAUCCACUGGGUGCACGAUAACGUUUUGCGGAUCACAUCGUGUCCGCGCGACACGGUCCGCAACAUGUCCACCAACGGCACCGCGCUGUUCCCCAACCCCGUGCGCUUCUACAACGCCUCCGCCAACGAGACGGCGCCACCCGUGCCGUACAACAUCUCGCUGACGCUGCCUGACCGCAAGGGGCCGGCGGAGUGGUACGGCCAGCUGCCAGCGGCACACCGCGCCGCGCUGCUGGCGUCCGUUGGCGGCGCGAUCAACACCACUGCUGGCUCGGUGUACGCUUCCAGCGGCCAGAUCCAGCUGGCGGCGGGUGCUGUGUUCGCGCUGAGCACCGGCACCAACACGACGAGGGUGACGGAGAGAGGCACGCUGAUGGCGGUGGGCGGAACGUUGCUCAACGGCAACGGGCUUGUGCAGCGGCUGCCCACCACCAACAGCAGCAGCAACGGCACCAUCAGCAGCAGCUUCAACAGCAGUGCCGUGGCGAACGGCACUCUGGCACAGCUGGAUGCGCCAGUACCGCUGGUGCUGAACAGAAUGCUGGUGAACGACACGGACUGGUUGGGCAUCCCUUACCAGAACCUGCCGUGCGGCAGCUGGUCCAACACCGCCGACGCCGGUAAUGACAUCUCAACGUCGGCUUACGUGCUCAUGAACCCGCCGCGCAUUGACUUCUACACCUCCAACACCGACAUCGACCUCAGCGUCACGGUGCAUGACUGGUUCGCGCAGAACUGCACCGGCGACAGCUCCACACGUUCCAUCAUCAUCGUGUCGGCCGUGUCGCCGGACAUCUCCGGUGAGACCUCCAUCCCGCCCUCCAACGGCACCGCGCACUUCACCGCCAUGCGGCUGCGCGCGCGCGAGGGCCUGCACAACGUGACGCUGUCAGGCCGGCUCAACGGGCCGACCCGCGAGCUGCUGUCCGACAUGGUCUCCAUCUACGUGCGGCCCUGCGGCAUCAACGAGUUCCUUGCUCCCAAGAACCUGGACGAGUGCAUCCCUUGCGACUCCGGCAACUACAACUUCAACGUUUCGGCGGUCUCGUGCGGGACCUGCCCUGACAACACGGACUGCCGCUAUCCCGACUCGCGCUGCGUCGCCAACGGUGGCGAUGAGUGCGAUGUGAUUGGGUUCAUGGUGCCCGAGGAUGGCUACUGGCACAGCAGCUUCUUCAGUGAGCAAGUCAUUGAGUGCCCCAACCCCGACUCCUGCACCUCCGAAAACCGCAGCGACGUGCUCGCAAUCAUGCAGCAGCGCAUCUUCCAUCUGGCUCGCUCCAUCCAGCUGAACACGUCGACGGCGGUGGCGGACGAGGCGGCGAAGUGGGUCAACGAUUCGCUGGUGUACAACAACCUGCGCCGCCUUCUGCAGGUCAAGGCCAUCGACGACGCGAACUACACCACCGUCCUGAUCAACAUCACCAGGGACAUUCUCCCCGACUACCUGCAGAACCAGUGCGCGGAGGGAUAUACUGGCACGCUGUGCGGCGAGUGCGCAGUGGGCUACGGCUGGAGCCAGGUGGCGACCUGCGUGCGCUGCUCAUCCAAGGCACUGAACGACCUGUACUACGCGCUGGUGACGCUGCUAACGCUGUCACUGCUGGCGUUCACGGUGUCCAGCAGCCUCAAGGAGCAGAAGCGGCAAGGCCUGUUGGUGGGCGGCAUGGGCGGCAAGGGCGGCAAGAGCGGCGAACCGGCCUCCCCUGCCCACAGCGCGCCCGUCAGCCCCAGUGAUCCGCAGUACCAGCAGCAGGUGGCUGCGGCUGCGGCAGCUGCAGCCGCUGCCGCGGCUAACCGCACGGUUUCCCAGCAUGGCGACGACAGCUUCCACGGUGUUGGCAUGGUCCUGGACCCCGUCACCUGCGGUGACGUGCACCCGCCGCAGCACGAUAAGCAGCCGCAGAAGCUUGCACAAUCGCCGCCGCUUCAGAUGCAGCCGCAGCAGCUGCAGAUGCCAGCGAACAUGCCACUGGUGUCACCCGACAUAUCGCACUACGAGGACCCAGUUGUGUCAGCUGCGCGCGGCCACUUUCCCAGCGCUCCCGGCACGCCGCGCAGCCCAGCUCCCCACGCGCCUUAUCCUAUCUUCGAGGCCCGCAUCGGCUCCAUCACCGGUGCGCCAGUGGGUAGUUCGCUGCCCACGGCGGCUGCAUUGAUUAAUGGCGGCAGCCCGGUGGGCUGCCCACCGGACGCCGUGAAGGGCGGCGUGGGCAGCACCUUGAACAUCGGUAACGGCAACGGCAGCGCGCGCCCUGUGGCGGAGAGCAUGGAGGAGGUGUCCGACUUUGAGGUCACGCCCAAGCACGCGGACGUACUGGGCGUGCGCGCCGGCAGCGUGCACGCCCCGCCAUUGUCGCAGGACCCGCACUACCUGCCGCCAGGCGUGAUGAUGCAGGCGGUGCCCAUGAUGCAGAACACGCCGCCGCAGUCGCCGCCCCUGGUCCAGCACGACCCGCGCUACAUGGACCCGAUGCACGGACCGCAUUCACCCGGCUAUGACGGGGUCUCGCAGGGCGGCGCACACCCCGGGGAUCGCCACAGCAACGAGUCCUACAUGGGCGCGCGCAGGCGCGCACACCAGUCCACCGUGCUCAAGAUCUUUGUGAGCUACAUCCAGGUGUUAGCGCUGCUGCAGAACGUGCCGCUGGACAUCCCCGGCGUCAUGGACACUUACUACCGCAUCAAUAACCAGGCCACCAGCUACCCCGGCAUCCUGGUCUCGCUGGACUGCUCCAUCCCCGACGGCGGGUCCGUGUCCAAGGCGUUCAUCCGCGUCAUCCUGGCCGUGCUGGCGCCGCUCUACAUCUUUGGCGGCGCCGUGAUCUUCUUCCUGCUGUUUGCCCUUUUUGACUACUACUGGCUUACGCCGUACCUGGCAAAGAAGGUCAACAAGAAGGGCAAGCACAAGCACGCGCUGCAGCUGCCCAAGUUAUCCAUGCACAUCAACGAGUACAUGCCGCGGCAGCUGAUCGUGACCUUCAUCACCAUCAUGUUCUUCUUCUACCCCAACGUGGUCCAGUCCAUCAUGACCAUCUUCUCUUGCGUGUCCGUUGACGAGUACACCAGCAACGAGCUGGCGACCGGCCUGGGCCUGCAAACCGACCCGGUGUGGUCGCAGGACUUCGGCCAGGUGUGUUACAAAGGCGCACAUCUAGGCCUGGCACUCGGCUUGGGUGUGCCAUCCAUCAUCCUCAUUGCCAUUGGCUGGCCGCUAAUGAGCGCGCUGCUCGUGGCUGGCAAGAUUAGCUGCCUGACCAACAUCCGCUUCACGGAGGAUAUGACUGAGAUGUUCCUGGCGGAUUUUAAGGCCAAGUACGUUUGGUGGGAGAGUGUGGUUAUGCUGCGCAAGUUUGUCAUUGCCGUGAUCGUCACCUUUGUGGACGACGGCGCGUCGGCGGGCGUGCAGCUGCUGCUGGUUAUCUGCGUGCUGGUCGUCGCCGUGGCGCUACACCUGGUGGCAAUGCCGUACCAUCACCUGUACACCAACAACUUGGAGUUGGUGUCGCUGGUUGUGCUGCUGGCCACGCUCUAUUUCUCGCUGUACUUCAGCCUCAGCGCGUCGUUGACUGAAGGCGGGCGCAUUGCGAUUUCAGUCAUCAUCCUGGUCAUCAACAUUCUGAUGGUCCUGACGUUCGUCUACUACAUCAUCCAGGCUUACUGGUACGCGGCACUAUACAGCAGCGGUAUCGCAGAAAUCGACAAGGAGGCUCGUGAGAAGCUGACCGCAGAGGAAAUCAAGAAGCGCAUCAUGGCGCGCCAGAUGAUCGAGGCGCCGGCAUCACCCAAACCGACGCCGGGUGGACCGCAAGAGGCCAAAUCAAGGUCAUUCAAGUUGGGCUACCAGCACCGCAUGGCCUCAUUGUACGCCUCGGCGGUGGUGGCAGGCCUGCGCGUGGGCUCUACGACCAACAAGGUCCUGCAGCGGAUGAAGACGAUGCUGGACCCGCAGCCGCCCAGCCGCUUGGCCAGCCUGGACCUGGACCCAGAGGCUGCGGCCGACGCCACGGCGGCCGCGCAGUCGGCACCGAUGGAGGUGCGCGGCGCCAAGGUCAGCCGCGGCUCAGCCCGCCGCGGCGCUGGCAGCAUUUCUGCGGAUCCGGGCGCCUUCGAGGGGCUGCCGCACGGCGAGCCCCAGGAGCUCACGGGCUCGGGCCUUAACUCGGGGGACCUGACCGCCAUGCAGGCGUCGCUGGUGGUGCGCCGGCGCGGCCCCGGCUCUACGGCCGCAGUCAGCGGGGGCAACACACAGGUAUCCACGCCGAUGGCGGGCAGUACGUCCGUGUCACAGGUCUCACCCACGCCAUCAGAGAUUAUGAGCACUCGCGCCGGACCCAUGCACGGGUCGGUCACGCACGGGUCGGUCACGCACGGACGCUCGCGCCUUGCGGUGGCUUCCAGCUCAGUCGUGCCGGCGCUGCAGUCCGUGCCGGGGUCGCAGCCGACCACGGCGACAGGUGAGGCGGCUCCGUGACUCGUUGCCCCGAGCGCCUCUGGUAAUCAGGUUGGACUUCCAACUGUUGUCCUAGUUCUAGAUGACCAGUGAUGACAAGACUGGCGGCGCCCGGGGUACUUCGGAGCAGUUUCGAGUAAGUCGCGUUGUGGGCGCGCCCGCAGUUUCACCAAAUAAAUACACUGAUUUCUUUUGUGAGGACUGGGAGACUGGAGUGACGAGCAACCUGGGGCGGCAGGACGAAAUAACGAGGCAUUCCAACCUCGUGUGCAACUGCAAAUGGCAGUGGCAAUACAGGCAUGAUGGUUCUUGGACACGGGGUCCGAGCCCCCACGCCAGCGACUUGAAUGGCCACUAGGCAAUGUGUUCAUCUUUUUACCCUGCAUACCACUACCUUUAUUUAUAUCCAUCACGACUUGGCAACGGUUGAUCUCCAUGCGUUGUUACAAUGCGGCUUUGGAGACAGGUACCGCACUACACAGUUGAGCAUGGGUGACGUUGUGAGUGUGCUUGCCUCAGAUGCGUGCACGCUUCGGGUUGAGGUUUUAUGGGGUACAAGAUGAAUGCCCUGCAGGGGCCAUGUAUGGCGAGCGGGCCUUGAUGUUACGGUCGCACACGCACAUGCGUGUGCACAUGGGGCUGUCUUUCUUCCUGGCCCUGAAAGCACUCUCGUUCUGGCCAACGAGGGCCCGGGAAGAAGUCCGUAUUGUGUUUGUCGCGCGUUAUUACAACAGCAUGCGAGCCGCGUGUUAUGGCCAAGCUAACUUUGCUUUUCGCCAUGUGUUGUGGUGUACGGUAUACGGGACCGCGAGACUGUCGUGCUGCGUGCGAAUGUAGAUGUUGGGAUUGUUCUGAAUUGUGUGGGCCACAAGGGAUACCCAAAGGCUUUGAGCGCCGGCUCAACACGAUCUGCGCUUUGGAGGCAUGGCGAUGUAUGCCUUCGCAGGCGAGUCGCCUGGCUGGCUGGCGGGAACCUUGCUGGGGCUGGCUUGAGUUGCACCCGAGGUGCGUGCGUCCAAACUCAUAACUGUCAUCAGACUUCAUGCAUGCCCUUUUUAUGCGCUUCGACCUGUCAAAGACUCCAUCGUCAGACACUCCAUGACUGGUUGGAAACGUCGAUGCAAGGCGCGGGUUGUGCGGCUUGUAGGAGUGCACAGUCCAGAGGCGCAUGAUGAGUCACUGAAACGUAAACGGUGCAGCUAAUAGCUCUUGGGUAGGGGCGCUCCGUGGUUUGGAGAGCACGUCAGUGCACUCAUCGCGUAUGUAAGGUGUCGUUCCA